AUGACAAAACCUCAAAUAUGUUCUUGUGGAAAAAAUAAAAAUGAUAUGAACCUCACUAAUUGGAUUCGACAUACAUCUUCGUGUAAAAUCAGAAAAUCUAGAGAUCAAUCUAAGUCAAUUGAAUUUUUUUUCAAUAAUCCUAAAAAGCUUAAGCUGGAAUUAGGUGAUUCUAUUUCUUUUGAAGAAAAACUAUACAGUACUAUUACUAGUGAGGCUGCUUUUUCUUCCUCUACUGGCUCUACUGACAAUGUUAUUAAAGUGAUUAAUACUAAUAAUUAUUCAGAUUCAACUGAGAAUAUGAUCAAUGAUGGAAAUAAAGUUGAUUCUAUAAUUUUGGAAUCAACUAACAUUUAUAAAUCUGAUCAAUCUACUAACAAGUUCCCUAAUGAUCCUGCAUUAUAUUUAAACAAGACUAUAUCACAUUGUUUGAAAAACACUCUACUUGAAAUGGGUCCUUGCCAACCUACUGCAUCAGAAUUGUCAAACGCUGUUUUUCCAAAAGACACCUCAAGUCCUUCACGGUCAUUUUCUUCAGCAUAUUAUUUUAAAUUAGUAAAUGGUAAAACUGUACAACGUAAUUGGUUAGCAUAUUCUCCUUCAACUGACAGAAUUUACUGUUGGACAUGUAGGCUUUUUGGAACACCUGGGGCACAAAAAAAUGGGUUAGUCAGUUCGGGAUGUAAUGCUUGGGGCCAUCUUAGUGGUGUAUAUGGACGACUACAUAAGCACGAGUCAUGUAAAGACCACUUAGAAUCAGAACUCAAUCGUGCCAUGUAUAUGAGAAAUAAUCGAAUAGAUAUUCUUACAGUAAAAUCAUCAAAUUCUCGUGUAGCUAUAAAUAGAGAAGUAGUUAAAAUACUAAUGGAUAUAGUUUUAUGUUUGGCAAAGCAUAAUGAUGCAUACAGGGGCCAUCUAGAAACAAAUAAAGAUCUUAUUCAAGGCAAAUAUCGUGAUUGGGUUACAGUAUUUGCUAAAUACCAUCCAAUAUUGUCAUCACAUUUAGAUCGUAUUAAUUCUAAUUCUAAACGGACAUCACUUACAUUUUUAUCAAAGACUUCACAAAAUGCUAUGAUUGAAAGUGUUGCAGAAACUAUUAGAGAUAAAAUUUUAAACGAAAUUAAAACAGCUGGUAUGUAUUCAUUAAUUUUGGAUUCGACCACCGAUGUAGCAAAGCUUGAUCAAUUUGCAUUUGUAUUCAGAUAUUGUUCAAUUGAUGGAACUGUUCAUGAACGAUUUUUGUGUACAGAUGAAACUGCAGAUUCAACAGGUAAUGGAAUGUUUGCUUUAUUUUGUAAAAUUUGUGAUCAUUAUUCAUUGAACUGGAAAAAACAACUUAUUGGUCAAGCAUUUGAUGGUGCAUCGAAUAUGCAAGGUGCUAUUAAAGGAUUGCGCAGUAUUAUCCAAAAAGACAACCCAAAUGCUUUACAUGUUUGGUGUUUUGCACAUUGCCUCAGUCUUGUUGUCUGUGAUUCAUGCCAGGCUAAUACUCAAGUACGAGAUUUUUUCAGUAUAAUAGGUAGUUUAGUUACUUUUAUUGGAGCUAGAAAAAGAACUGCUACUUACGUUGAAUUACAAAAAACAUAUUAUCCAAAGGAACGUUCACGCCGUUUAAAACAUUUUUCAAAUACUCGAUGGACUUAUCAUGAUCAGUCCAUAGAUGUCAUUUUAAAGACUUACAAAGCUGUUAUUGAAACAUUGAAAAAUAUUAUAACUGAUGAAAUUGACAAGAAAACGAGUGAUACAGCUAAAAGUUUUUUAAAAAAUUUAAACAAGUUCAAUUUUGUUCUUACAAUGCACUUAAUGAAGAAAUUAUUUUCUAUAACAACACCACUUUCUAAGUAUUUGCAAGCUCCAGACAUGGACUUCAUCCAAGCUAUGAAACUUGUUAUGAACACAAAACAACAAUUGCAAGAUAUGCAACAUGAUUUAUAUGAAAAAGACAUACAGGAAAAACCUGUUUCAUUAAAAAAAAAAAUGCCUGGCGAAAACCAAAACGACAAAAGACUUUCUUCUGCAAAAGAGCGUUACAUUAGUGAAGUAUAUAAUGUCACACUAGAUAUUGCUAUAAAUAAAAUUGAAGACAGAUAUAGUAAUUCAGAAAAUAUAUUUAAUGAUAUAUUUUUUUUUUCUCCCGAACAUUUGCAAAAUCAAACCACAGCUAUACCUAAUUCAUUUGAAUACAUUUGUAAUUGGUUAUCAGCAUUUAAAAUUGACAAAGAAAAUUUAUCUACAGAAUACCAUUUGUUUGCAUCAAAUUUUAACAACUUAAUGAAAGAUGGCCCUGAAAAUAUCAGUGAAAAAUUUCCUAAAAUUUUUGAUGAAGAUAGUGACAAUGAUUCAAUUUUGGAAGAUGACAAUUUUAGAGAUUUACUGCAAGUAUCGAAUAUAUUACAAAAAUUAUGUAAAAUGGGCAUGGCAUCAGCAUUUCCUAAUUUAAGUUUGGCUUACAAAGCAAUUUGUACCUUGCCUCCAACAUCUGCUAGUGCUGAACGUUGCUUUUCUAAAUUAAAAUUAAUAAAAACUAACUUACGUUCAACUAUGAGUGAAUCGAGACUAGAUCAUCUCAUGGUAAUAUCGUGUAACCCAGACAUUGAUAUAAAUAUGGACGAUGCAAUUGAUAAGUUUGGAUCAAGGUCUAAUCUACUUAGGUCAAAUCUAUUGUAUAAAUAA